GGAGCACUGUCGCCAAGGCUGCCGGGAAGAAUGACUGUUGGAUGCCUACUGCAGCCCCCUUUCCUGGGGAGGACUUGGCUCCCCGUGCUGCUGCUGGCAGCCUCUGCUCACUGCCACUGGCCCAGCGAGCCGGCAGAAGUGGUUCGGGACUGGGAAAACCAGCUGGAGGCCUCCAUGCACUCCGUGCUCUCGGACCUCCGGGAGACUGUGCCGGCCGUGGUGGGCAUACCGGACAGCUCUGCCGUGGUGGGACGCUUCUUCAGAGUCUCCAUCCCCACGGAUUUAAUUGCUUCCAAUGGAGAAAUUGUCCAGCUCUCCGAAGCUGGGAAGGACUCCUUGCCUUCUUGGUUACACUGGAACGCGGAGAGCAGCUCCCUGGAAGGGCUGCCCCUUGACACGGACAAGGGCGUCCACUACAUCUCGGUGACCACGCUGCAGCCCUUUCCGAACGGGAGCUACGUGCCGCAGACCGCAAACGUCUUCUCUGUUGAGGUCCACCAAGAAGACCACAACGAGCCUCAGUCAGUGCGAGUGGAUGCCGACUUAACAAAAAUGACACCAAAGCAGAGGAUUGAACUCUUAAACAGAAUGAGAAGCUUCUCGGAGGUGGAACUUCAUAAUAUGAAGUUGGUUCCUGUUGUAAAUAACAGACUCUUUGACAUGUCGGCCUUCAUGGCUGGACCGGGAAAUGCAAAGAAGGUGGUGGAAAACGGGGCCUUACUCUCAUGGAAACUGGGAUGUUCUCUGAGCCAAAACAGUGUCCCCAACAUCAGCAAGGUGGAGGCUCCAGCUAAGGAAGGAACCAUGUCUGCCCACCUUGGCUACCCUGUUGUUGGCUGGCACAUUGCAAACAAGAAACCUCACCUCCCAAAGAGGAUGCGGCGGCAGAUCAACGCCACUCCUACGCCUUUGACUGCCAUCGGGCCACCCACCACUGCCGCGCAAGAACCGCCGACCAGGAUUGUCCCCACCCCAACAUCGCCUGCCAUCGCGCCUCCCACGGAGACGACGGCCCCCCCCGUCCGGGAGCCCAUACCGCUGCCGAGGAAGCCUACGGUCACCAUCAGAACAAGGGGCCCCAUCGUCCAGACACCCACUCUGGGACCGAUCCAGCCAACCAGGGUAGCAGAAGGCACCGGCACGGCCUCUGUGCCAAUUCGCCCCACGAUGCCGGGGUAUGUAGAGCCCACAGCAGUGAUCACACCGCCCACAACUACCACUAAGAAACCAAGAGUCUCCACUCUGAAGCCAGCCACACCAUCCACGACGGAUUCCUCCACAGCGACGACGCGAAGGCCUACUCGAAGACCUAAAACGCCCCGUCCAACAAAGCCUCCCAGCACGACCAGAUCCCCCAUCUCCAAGCUGACAACGGCCUCCCCGCCGACCCGCAUACGCACCACAGCUAGCGGGAUCCCCCGGCCCUGGGAGCCAAAUGAGCCACCCAAGCUGACGAACCACAUCGACAGGGUUGACGCGUGGGAGGGCACCUACUUUGAGGUUAAAAUACCAUCAGAUACCUUCUACGACAAGGAAGAUACCACCACUGACAAACUGCAGCUGACCUUGAAGCUGAAGGAGCAGCAGAUGAUAGAGGAGAAUUCGUGGGUCCAGUUCAACAGCACCAGCCAGCUCAUGUACGGCAUGCCGGACCACAACCACAUCGGGAAGCACGAAUACUUCAUGUACGCGACCGACAAAGGCGGGCUUUUCGCUGUGGAUGCUUUCGAAAUCCACGUCCACAAACGCCCGCACGGGGACAAGUCUCCAGUGAAGUUCAAGGCCAGGCUGGAAGGGGACCACAAUGCGGUGGUGAACGACAUCCAUAAGAAGAUCAUGCUGGUGAAGAAGCUGGCUCUGGCGUUUGGUGACAGGAACAGCAGCACCAUCACGGUGCAGGACAUCGCCAAAGGCUCCAUCGUAGUGGAAUGGACGAACAACACGCUGCCCCUGGAGCCCUGCCCCCGGGAGCAGAUCCGGACUUUGAGCAAAAAAAUUGCGGAUGACUCCGGCAGGCCGAGCCCGGCUUUCUCCAAUGUCUUGCAGCCCCAAAAACUGACCGUGUCGGUGGUCGGCUCCGGCAGCUGCAGGCACAUGCAGUUCAUCCCCGUGAUGAAGGACGGAAGGGUGAUCUCAGAGGCGACGCCGACGGUGGCAGCAGGCAAAGACCCCGAGAAGAGCAGUGAGGACGACGUGUACCUGCACACC